GAGUUGACAAACUUGUAAAUACAGCGAUGAACUGAACUGUACUCAGCUGAGGAUGCCAGCCUACACAGGGCAAUCGCCACUCUUUUUUUCCACUGGCACAGGAGGCAGUAUGCAAUUCCUUUUUGGCUGCAUAUCUUCCUUUACCAGUUCCACUAUAAUACUGAAUGUUGCCCUGGUGACACGAAAUGACUCUAUCGACUGCAAAUCUGAAAGAGUGAUGCAGCACAACCUCUUCCCACCAGCAAGAUGGGCGAGUAUGUGUCCAAACCGUCCUUUCACUAACCAUUGGCAUUAGAUAACAAGGCAUAAGGAUUUGCUGGUAGAGGAUGUUUGGAGGUUCAAGCUCCCGAAACAAAGGGAAAACAUCCACUGUUCCCAAUCCAGACAGCCUUGGGAGCAAACAUGGAAGUUGUCUGGCACAGGGCUUUAGAAUCCUACGUCUUCGCCGGUUUUCAGCCAUGGUGAUCUGCAAUACCUGUGUUGGCCAGUUUCAUUUUAUACCUCUCAGUUAAUUUUUAAUAAAUGAGUCGUUAGAUAAAUUAGUUGAAACGGAUUCAAUACUAACAACAUGCCCCCCAGCCAAUGACAUUUAAAAAGCAAUUUGGGCAAGUGCAGUAAACCACAUUAUUAACCAACCAGGCACGAGGUAUUUUGCUUUAUUACAGCAACUCAUGUACCAGUUCUCUGCGCAUGGAAACCACAUUUUCACAAUUUUCACAAAAUUUCAGUAGUAAUUUUCAAAAGCAGCACGAGUACUUUACGCAUAACUAAUAUACAUAUCAACCACCACAUUUCCUCUUCAUUUGCAUGACGUCGGGUGAAAAGCCUGGUUUACUCAAGUAAAAUAAACUGAGUGAAUGGAAAUCCAAAAAAGCAUUUUACACGAGGCAUUUUUCACACGCAUAGAAACUCCACCAAUGAGGAUUUGUCUAAUGAGUGCGAUUCCUACAUCCAUUGAUGUUCCUUCAGCGUCCUAAUAUUUCUUCAAGAGGACACAAGAUGGAACCCAGAGACUUUGAAAACAUAUGAGACACAGAGUUGCAAAUGACUUCUGGGAUGUAGUGUUCUCGUACAACAAAAGCAAAACAGAAGGUUUAGGUUCUUCUAGAUUAUGACAUUUUCAUUAUCUCCAACAUUCUGAAUUUCAGCCAUUUCUUGACUUUUACAAGAACUCUACCACUACUUUUCCUGUGACGUACUUCAAGCUCUCUGCGUUCCUUUGUGUGACCUCUUCAAGAAGAAAUGUUGGGACAUGGAAGUGUAGCAUUCAAAUAUGUGCUAGAGAUGGAACAGACCAGUGUUACAGAAUCCAUGGAAAUGGAAUCAAGUGCUCUCUACAACACCAUAAAUACCACCUGUGACCUGUAUCAACAUCGCAGUAUUGCAAGGAUUGUGAUGCCCCUGCAUUACUCCAUCGUUUUCAUAAUAGGGUUAACUGGAAAUGCACUGGCUCUGCAUGUCAUCCGUCCCAACUUAAAGAAGAUGAACUCCACUACCUUAUAUUCGACCAAUCUCGUCAUCUCUGAUAUUCUUUUCACCUUGUCUCUGCCUUUGCGCAUAGUGUACUAUGCAAUGGGCUUCCACUGGGUGAUGGGGGAUGCAUUGUGCAGGAUUACAGGUCUCAUAUUCUACAUCAACACAUAUGCUGGUGUCAAUUUCAUGACUUGCUUGAGUGUUGACCGGUUUAUUGCUGUGGUACUGCCUCUCCGCUUCAGUCGGUUCCGGAAAGUUCACAAUGUGAAAUACAUCUGCUUGUUUGUGUGGUUCAUAGUAUUGGCUCAGACAUUACCACUACUCACAAUGACUCUCUCCAAAGAAGUCGAAGGGGGAUACAUAACCUGCAUGGAAUACCCAAACUUUGAAAUAAUACCAAACCUGCCUUAUAUGCUUCUGGGUGCAGUGUUUCUAGGAUACAUUAUUCCAGUGGUAACCAUCUUGGUUUGCUAUUCUGGAUUAUGUUGGAAACUGCAAUUAUCUACAAAACAAAAACAAUUUGCUGAUAAAUCUGGGAGGAACAAAAAGGCCACCCGCGUCAUCUUUUUUGUGACUCUUGUGUUUGUAAUAUGCUUCAGUCCCUACCAUAUUGACAUUGUGCAGCAUAUGAUUAAAAAACUGAGUUAUGAUCCCAGUUGUUCAGAACAAUAUGCCUUUCAAGUGUCACUCCAUUUUGCAGUGUGUCUGAUGAAUUUCAACAGCUGCAUGGACCCAUUUAUCUACUUUUUUGCCUGCAAAGGCUACAAGAGAAAAAUCAUGAAAAUAAUGAAACGACAAGUCAGUGCCUCCUUCUCCAGCGUGGUCAGGACUUCUCCAGAUGGCUCCGCACGGGAUGUAAUCGAUAACAAAAUAGUUUUGGUGCCGUUAAACAGUUAUAAAAAUAAGUCCCAGAACAGUGGCAAGGUAGAAACAAAUACAACUGUGGAGGGCUUUACAAACAGAGUUUCCGGGUGUCCCUGAAAACGACAAAUCCCAAGAACGUUUCUGAAGGCAUAAUGCAACUCUAGACAAACAAAUGUCCAGUAGUGAGCGGUGUCAAUCUAACUUUUCCUGUCACAGGCAGCUUUACAAUUAAAGUUUGAGAUUGCUGAGUAAUGUGCCAGUAAAUAUUUGCUAAUACAAGAGAUGCAUCUAACUCUCAAUAAAAUAAAAUGGAAUGUUUUCUAUUUGUUGUACAGUGGUGAAGAUUAUAUCUAGUUAUAAAGCAUUGUUUAGUCUUUCCAUUUUUUGGGGUAACAAUUAUAUUGUACAAAUAUUAAAUACUCUGUAUUUUAUUUAUUUUUAUUUUUAGGAAGACUAAUUAAUACUAGCCUUGUUUUAAAGUAAUCUUGAAAUUAAAGCCUUCCACACAGGCUGGCUAUAAAAUAUAUAAGCAAAACAUAAUUCAAGUUUAGGGGUUUCUAAUUUCUGCUUGAAUCUUGAAAAACAAGGGUGUGGGGUUUGUGAACCAGCAACAGCUCUUUCCUUCUAGCUUUAAAAAAGGGAAGUCAAUUAAUUCCGUAACCUCUUAUCAAACAUGAAUUGUGUUCAGUAAAAUGACAAAUUAUGUGUUUGCUAAGCACAGCUAAGGAAUAGUAGCCAGUUGCAUAAAACACCUAAAAUGUGUCUUGAGAUUAAGGGUGUUGUAAUUAACACAUUUAUCUUUCAAUGUUCUACUUGUUGCUAAGACAAAAAUGCCACGUCUGUUGUAUAUAAUAUCUAACUGUUAGAGUGAACGCCUUCAAAAGACUGGCUGAACUUUUAGUGCUUUAGCAGCCAGAUCAGUAUAGUUUGCAUCCAUCAGAGUACUGGAGUUUACAAACACAGUACUUUAUUGUAACUUUUUGAUCUUCAGCAACAACUUAACCAGGUAAAACAUAUAUUUUAUAGUUACAUGACAUAACGGCAAGUCCAAGACCGCGCUGACAUCACCGCGUAGGACAUUACAGCGCCGACCAUUACAGCGACUGCCCAUAACAGCGCUAUGACAUCACCGCGCCGAACUACAAUUCCCAGAAGACACUGCGAAGUUCACAAUAGCGUCACUUACCAGGAACUCUGACACACGACGCAAUCAGAGCGGGGUUCACCACAGAGUCAUCUCACCAGCCUCGUAAAAGGAUGCAGCUGUCAUGCAUUCAUAUUGGAGAACUAUUCAUGGUAAACGGCGAAGAGUGCAGUUGGUGGCUGCGUUCGCGUUGGUCCUAAAAAGUCUGUGUUGCAGUCGGGAGUCUGCGCCUGACGUCAUGGUCUGCGUGGAUGGAGCUAGGACAGCUGUGGGAGGUUUCCCAGCACAGUCCAUUGAGCAAACAUGGAGACCGACUUGAUUGAUUUUCUGAUUGCAGAAGAUGAUACUUUUUUUUUUGACUGUUCCCAUACAGCUCCAUCAUAACUAGACUGGUAAAUACAAUCAGUAAAACCUCAACGCAACAGAACCCUGUUUCCACAAGCAUUUUUUAUGUAGUUGGGCUGCAUAUCAAUGUUUUGUUUUGUUUUUCACCUGUUGCAGAAUGAUAUUCAGCAUGUGUUUUGAUAUAUGUAUAUUUGUAUAAGAUUACUCCUCCACAGGACAACCGGGAUUGGGGACCAAUACAAGGACAUGACGUGUUUGGAUUUUUUUUUAUUUAUAUUUUUUUCUAAAUAAAGAGUUUAACUUUC